AGAUUGCUUGCUUCCCAUCAUUUAGUCUUCCUCGCUCCACUGGAUCCGUAGAGGGCCGGAACGAGAGAGAGAGGGAUGGCGUCGGGGUGGGGGAUAACGGGGAACAAGGGGCGGUGCUACGACUUCUGGGCGGACUUCAGCGAGUGCAUAUCCGGCUGCCGCGAGCCCAGGGACUGCGCCCUCCUCCGCGAGGACUACCUCGAGUGCAUCCACCACGCCAAAGAGUUCCAACGAAGAAACAGAAUUUAUAAAGAGGAGCAACGUCAAAUCAGAGCAGCUGCAAGGAAGGCUGAGGAGGAAGCUGAAGAGCGUGGUACGAACACUCAUCAUUAGCAGUCAUCACAAGUAUCUAUUACCAUGCUGAGGACUAAUUGUUGAGCGGAUGCUUGUGUUUCACAUUGACUGUUUUUAAUUCAGUGUUCGUGUCAUAUGCUUGGCCGAUUCCAAGGCCAAGCUAAGAACCAUAAUAACCUGAACAAGGCUACCAUUUUGUUUAAAAUUUGGUCUGAUUUUCAGUGAGGAUUAAGAAAAAUAUUUCGUUUGAUUGCUCAUUUUCUUUUGGCUCAUCAUAUUUGACAUGCUGAACAUCAGAAUGAUAAUGGUUGCGUGUGUUGCCAGGUUUCUAGAUUUGUGAGGUAUAUAUCGAUGAAUAACAGGAUAAUUGAUUUUAUGCC